GUAUUCAUGUGAUUUGACACAUUAAAAUCUUCUUUUUUACUCGUUUUUUGGUACUAAUCUUUUACUUCAUCAAUUAAACUUUUUUUUUUCCUGAUAAUAUAUAGUUCAUUAAAUUUUACUUCAAGUUUAACUUAAAUAUCAAUAAAUUAUAUUACUCUGAAAAGUACCAAUCAAAAUAAAUAUUUUUCCUUUUUUUUUUACUUCUCGUUGUUUGCUUUUUUUUAACGGAAUGACUAAUCACAUCAUUUUGGGAAUUGGCACUGAUUUAAUCAGAUUAUCCAGAUUCACUAAAAUCAUUCAAAAAAAUGGGCUAUCAAGUAAUUAUAUAUCAAAAUUCUCAAAAAGAAUCCUUAAUGAAAAAUUCGAAUUAAUCAAAUUUGAUAAUUUCAAACAAAAAAAUGACAUUAAUAUGUGCUCUAAAAUUUUAACCUCAAGCUGGUCUUCAAAGGAAGCUCUAUUUAAAACCCUUGAUUUAAAAGACCAAAAAUUAUUUAAUUUUAACCAGUGGUAUAAAAUCAAUGAUAUUAAUGGCAAGCCAAUCAUAAAUAAUCUAGAUUACAUCCAAUCCUAUCCAAAUGAGCAAUUCCUAUUAACUUUAUCCGAUGAUGGUGAUUACUUAACCUCUAUAGUUCUAAGAAUAAAAAAAGUAUAAAGGAAAUCAUUUAAAAUCUAUCUCUUGAUUCAUUUUCCUACAUUAUUUUUUUAAUAUUUGAUAAUCUAUAUUAUAUUAUUCUAUACUAUAUAGAAAGAAAGAAACACAAAACGAAA